AUGGUAGUUGGAGUAGGUCUUUACUUUGUUGCUCAAUUUGGAAUUAUUAAUAAUCGAUAUAUUGAAUUAGCAAUAAUGUCAACUUAUUUACCCAUGCCAGUAUUAUCUUCUUUGACUUAUUUGGUUUUUGUUAGACCUUAUCGCGAAUACUGUAAAAGGUUCGUGAUCUGUUCGUUACGAAAUCAUUUUGUUUUUGUUUUUCAGAGUCUUUCAAUCAAUUUGCAAUUCAAAAACUAAUCUCCCAAUCAAUUCUACACAAACUCCAGCAUUCGCAACUUCCGCUUCAAAAAAUUGA